UGUUUUUCUCAGGGUGUUAGAGAAUGAACAAGAUUUCCGACUGCAUGAGAACGGAGUCCUCACUAAACAAAUACAAUUUCAGUUAAACUAGAUUUGAAGUAACUCCGCAAACGCAUCGUCCCACAAAAUAUAUUAAGGGUGUUGCAAAUUCCAUUUAUUUCAAGCGGAACUGUUUGGAUUGAGACAACCAGGACCUUUCGACCGUGAACGCUCCUCCCCUGAGACAGUUCGGUGUGUGUGUGUACAGGCAGAUAUGGCUCUGCUGUUCAACGGGGCUGUUACAAGUUCACCUAUAAAGAGAAAGAGAGAACAAACAUUGGCUGACGAGUCAUGUCAAAGCCUGGGCCUGUCCCUCCUAUCAUCUCCAGACUCAUCAUAUGAGUGUUACUCCGUGAACCCUGUGACGGGCUCCCCCAGCUGCUGCCGCCGGAGCCCCCGCCUCCUCAACAACGGCUACUACGUCCUGACUGAGGACAGCUACACCUGGGAUGACGAGGGCAAUGUCUCUCUCACCCCCUCCAAAAUCAAACUGUCCUACAAAGAGAAUCUAGUCAGAAUCUUCAGACGCAGGCGGAAGGCCCGCCGGUCUCUAGCUAGUCUGUUAAGUGACAUGACUGAGACGUGUCAGUCAUGGCUGGACGAGAAAGUGUUCGGAGGGGUGCGUCACCCACCACUCGCAGAUUCCUCAUGGAUGGAGCAUAGCACCACCGAUUUCGACACCAGCUGCAGCUUCACUUAUGACGACAGUGAGGUAAUUUCCCCACCCACGAAGUUGACUCACGAGCUCAUGCUACAGGAGGAGAUCGUCACGGAGACCUGCAUCCCUCAGGAGCAUUUCGGCCAAUCCCUUCGUGGCCUUCUGGAAGUCCCGCCCCCCUCAGCCUUCCUCUCCACUAGCUGCUGUCUCCCUAAACCCCAGCCAGCAGAUUUUCCCAUGGUGAAAGCUCUCUUCAUCAUUCUCAUGGUCUUUAUCUUCUCUGCCGUAUUCUCAAGGUGCCUGUUGUGGGGACUGACAAUGGCAUUCACAACAUUUAUAUUGAUAAUGAUAUAUCUAUUCCUCUCUCAGUCUGGGCCCAUGGGCAAGUGGAGAAAAGCAAAGACCGAGGAUAUUACAUCAAAAAAUGAGUAGAUGAAAGCUGUGUGUACACACACACACACUUCUGUUUACUCAUGAAAUCAAUACUUUUUGCAAGGAGAUGGAAAUUAAGCUAUGAUAAUGAAAAGAAGGGUGGAUGUGGACCACAAGAAAAAGAGUAAUGGAGAUUACCGUACAUUUCAUUAGAUAAAUGCGUGUAGAUUGCACUUGCACAUAAUGUAACAUGAGUUACAUUAAUCUGGUCAUAAAACAGGUUAUUGGGCUCAAUUGAGCAGGUCUAGGGUGACAUUGGUCAUGCAAAAAAGAGCAAAGAUCAGUGAAAUAAAUACAGUAAAACUCAAUCAAAAGCAAUUUAAUUUGAAACACUUUAAUGAGAAGGAGAAGAUAAUUUAACUGUAUUUUUGUAAAAUACGAUGCACGCGACGAUGCAUUGUGUAUUUGGAACUUGUAUUGGAUAAUAUGCCUUCCAGACUAUUUGAAAUGUUAGUUAUUUUGCUCACUGAUCACUGCCAUUUGCUUGUGCAAGAUGUUGCCCAUAAUCCUGAAUAUAAAAAUAAAUCAGUAAUAUUCAUAUCGUACAUUAUGAACACAUUUUUUAUGUAUUCUUCAAAUACCUGAAUUUAUAUUGUUGAUAGCUGAUCUUGUGUUUUUUGGGGCUGUCCAAUGUUACUUAUUUUCUAGCUUCCAGUAUUUUGAAUACAAUUGCAGGGCCAUUAAAGUAGCAGUGGCUUGCAAUCUGAGCUGUUUUUUCUCACAAAUGACAGCUGCAACUUUUAAUCUGAAUAGAACCAAAUGGAAAUGCAACAUGCUAAGUGCCUUCUUUAGCUUAGCUAAUAGCAUGCUGUGCCUGCUAAACAAAACAGGGCUACAUAUCCGUAGGCAGUAGACUGCAGAAUCCUUAAGCGCAAUCAGAUAUAGUUAAAAUACAGGGAAGUGACAGAAAAUGUUGCUUGAAUAGAAAAGUUAGCACUGUGUGAGGAUGCCUAUACGCUCAUGGUAGUGCUGAAAUGUAUAUACAUUUUUGUAUUCAGGGUGCAUUUUUCUUGGAAGGAAUAUGGGGAGGUGGUGGUCAUUUUCAUAAUGCUCAUACUUUUAGCUGCCUCUUGUGGUUAACCACAACCACUUAUCAGUGGAUCGAAAUAAUGGAAUGUGAAUGUUGAGAUUAUACUAAAUGAUGGCGGCAAAUCGCCCCCUCCCUUUAUUUGACUCAUUAAUGGCACAAUGUUGAGUACGUAAUGGCAUUGAAAGUUAAGAAUAGUUAUGGUUGUUUAUCAUCCCAGAAGGAAAGCAUGUUUUACGUCAGGAAAAGGAACAGGGCACAGCAAGUAGCUGAAUAAAGUGAAUACUGUAUAGCUUUAUAACGUUUAAAUAUGAGUCAUGUUUGGGCCUCCACUAUGGCAAGCUUUUUAGAGAAUCUAAAGAAAAUAGGUGAUUUGUGCUUUAAUUAGUUGUUAAUUUUGUACUGUACAACUCAACUCUUGUCAUUCUUUGUAUAAAUUGGAUGUUGUUGGUGCUUUAGAAAAGCUGUAUUUGAUUGUCUCCGUAUAUGUACUGUUUGCCCAAGACGAAAGUGACUUGAGAAGUAUUGCUGUAUUUAUUCACUCCAAGUGCCAAAUAUGAGACAAUUCUGACCAGAAAGUGUUAAAUCACCAAUACUUCAUCAAUGAGCCAAAAUUAAUAUAAAAAGUUGUUUUGCCGGUAGACACCAUUUAUUGCUAGUUUGUAAACAAAAGCUAAUGUACAUACUACUGUAUAUGUAGACAACAUGGAUGUUAUUUCUUUGUAAUAUUCAUGAUUUAUUGGCAUAUACUGAAUGUACUUUACAAGACCUUGAGAUUUAAGUAAUUUCCUAUUGUGUGCAUAAAACAUGUUCGGUCACGCUUACAGUACCUUUACAUAAACCAGUUUGACAUGUUACUUUUUUACAAUCAUAAUUUUAAUUGCUUUGAUACUCAACUAGUUUCCAAAUUUGCAAAAUGUGUGGUUCUUGUAUGCAUGUGUCUUUUGCACUCACUUUGAAUGCAUUCUAACAAAUAGAUGUAAAUGAAAAUGUAAUGUCUGUUGCACUGUUUUUAUAUUCUUUAAAUAGUUAGAGCUAUAUUGCAAGCAUUGUAAAAUGUUAUCUUAAAUAUUUUAACAGAUUUGUAAAAUAGUUAAACCCAACUGGUUUAUGCAACUUUAUUAAAUGUAAUAUUUUGUAUACUUAUGUGACCUUAUGUUCAAGAUUCAAUAUUUGCAGUCUAUAACGUAUCUUCUAUUAAAUAAAAAUGUAGCAUCAUGAA